AUGUCAGCGUCUGGCUUCCUGGACCGGAUGCGGCGUGAAGAAGAGGUGCAGCUGCCCGAUCAUCCGCCUCAAGAUUCUUCAACCGAAUUGCCAGAGCCGAGUCGAGUUCCUGAUCCAAGCAGAGACCAGCGUACAAGCAGCAUCACAUCCCUCGCCGGCUUUUGGGACCGAGUGACCCACAAGCGAUGGGAAGAUGAGGUGCACACUGCGCUCUCGCAAGCCAUGCAGGCAUUUCAGACACACUUCGAAGCAUCUCUGACGGUGUCCGCUGACAGAGCCAUGCGGCAAUCUAUGGCAAAGGCAGAGGCCGUUUUGCAGGAGCGCUUUGGCAACUACAACAUGACAAGCUGGAAUGUAGUGAGUUCCGUCGAUAAAGUCGACAGGCGGGGCCAAACUCUCUCAGAUGUGAUCGCAGUGACUUACAUGCCUGACUUUGAUUCUCAAGUAGGUUCCAUCGAUGACGACCCCUACGGCAUCUUACGGGCCUCUUCCUCCAGCUACAUCAUUGACGGCUCCUUCGGCUCCUUAUGGAUCGAUGCCGACGACAUUUUCAACGGGCUGGUCACCUCCGUUGUGCAACGCACGCUGUCUAUGAACAUUGAUGGCGUGCACGCCAGCGGAUUCACGCCGAUCCGGAUGCUCUACGACACCCUUAUCAAGAACUUUCACAUGGGCGCCGUCCUCUACCGUGACGGUGACAGCCACAUCGUCCGCACCAUCUACGUCGACUCCAACUCCCUUGCCAGUGCUCAGGAAGACUUAGCAGCGCUUCACUGCUUCUCGUGGCAUGGCCAGCCGUGUGAAAACUCUUGGAUACCUUCCCUGAUGAGUCAAGCAUUAGCAUCCCUGGAUGCCGUUUGUGACAGCACACUGUGGCUGGCCAUGUCUUUAGAGGACAACCGGGUCAGGUACGGAUUCUAUUUGCAUGUCUAUGGAGAUCCUGCGGCAGUGAUUUAUCAGGUCCGUGAGGUGAAGAAGUUCUUUCCAAGGUCUCCGAUUUACGUCAUGAGCGACGGAGGCCUCGACUUCAGUGCCUUGUGCGAGAAGGAGGGGUGCACUUUCGUUUUGUGUCCGCCAGCGAACGAUCGCUGGCAUCCAUGGCCCUUCUUUCGGCGCUUGUACGAUGCAGCUGUGAGUUUGAACACAAAGUACAUCAUUAUGCUGGAACCGGACAACACUGUGCACAGCUAUGUCAAGCGGCCUCCACCUGCAGAUGUGGGUGGUUUGCUAGUGACCAGUCGCCAAUUUGGACUGGUGAAGUACGUGGAAAGGAUGGCAAAGCAACGUGUUCCCAACUUCAAAUGGACAUCGCGGAGCAUGUCUUCGGGACUUUGUGGUGGAGCCUAUUUCAAGCGAGAAGCCAUCCUUGAUGCUCUUUCCGAUGAAAGCAUGAUGAAACUGGACUGGAACUACUUAGGUGAGAAGUUGAGCAAGGAGAUUUUUUCUUCGGACUUUGCUUUGCAGUACGCCUUUGCUGCGCGAGGAUGGGUAAUUGAGCCAUGGGAGGAUGCCGCCCAGAUGGACAAAGAUAAGUAUCAGCCGCUGACGGGCGCUCGAGAUGCAACCUUCAAGCACUACUGUUCCUGCUAUCCGGGCGGCAAGCCGACCUACAACCUAAAGUUGGCCAAGCAGGAUGCAAAGUUGUUCAAGAGUGGUGGGUAUGAGAUGACAUCAGGGCCAUACUCUUCGAGUGUGUGCCAAGUUUGCUACAAUCACAGCCGCUAUUUGGAGCUUUGGGGCUCCGCCAGAUGCACAAAUAGUAUUCCUUUUCAUCUCUCUGAGAAGCUGCUGCAAAGGCCUGGAGCUCCAACAGCCGUAGGAGACUUGUGGGAAGGAGAGGUGGCAACAAGUGCAACAAGCCCCGGGUGGGGAUACCUCAACUUCAACCACUGA